CAUGUUUUUCCAGUUGUCACUACUUCCUCACCGUAUUUUACUCGUUUUUUCUUAGAAAGUAGAAAGAAAAAAAAGGGGUUGCAUUUUUUUUUGUGUGUAUAUUUUUUUCCCUCUGAGGGAAGGAAAGAGAGAAAGAAAGUUUAUAGAUACCGACAUUUAUGAAACAGAAUGUGGGUGUUUGCAAGCAAGGCUUUAUAAGUCAGUAAAGCCACUUUCUUCUUUCCAUGAAAAAUAGCUUGAUCCCGUGCAACCACGCCAGCAGCAUCUGCUUUAUUGUUAUUCUUUUUGGUUCUGGGGUGGAAUCUACAUAUAAAAGUUGAAAUCUUUGUUUCAUUUCUUGGUGGUAGAAAAUUGUUCUCCGAACUGACUUAGUGUUGGGUUGGUCGUAAGGUUUUUUAUGCUUUUUUUUGUUUCUUAUUUCUUUAAAGUGAAUAACUCUCUCUCUCUCUCUCUCUCUCUCUAAGAAUUGGGUGCUUCUAUUUGUUUAAUGGAAGAUCAUAUAUGGGUUUGCAUUAUUGGGUUUAACAGUUCAUACCUAGUCACCAAUACGCGUUUCGCAUACGUAUUGAAAUAUUUCUUUCUUCUCUUCUAGUUUGCUUGGUGUAGCAGUCUUAUCUGAUCUGGUUUUGCGCGUGGUGGACAUCCAGACAUUCACCCUGGUCGAGACUUUUUUGAGUCCGCCACAACAAUUGUGGUUGCAGUUUCCUGCUAUUGUGGUUGCUUUUGUCUGCAAUUUCCCGUAUUCGUACAUUAAAACCUUGAUCAGGCUGGGAUAAAAUUUAUAUUGUCAAGAAGUGUUUACUCGUAGGAGGAGUGUUUUAUGCUUGGAGGUCUAAUAUGCUUGCGAGAGUGAGGACCUUUUGAUUUCGAGUAAUUGGUCGAGAGAAAAAGGGGAAGCUGAAGGUUCUUUGGUGGGGCAAGAUAUGGCCUCUGGUGAAGGGAGGCGGCGUCAUCACGAUCUUGUGCCUCUUGCCGCAUUGCUCAAGAGAGAGAUGAAGAGUGAGAAGAUGGAAAAGCCUACUGUGAGGUUUGGACAUGCAGCUCAGUCCAAGAAAGGGGAGGAUUACUUUCUUAUUAAGACAGAUUGUCAGCGAGUGCCCGGGAACCCUUCAUCAUCCUUUUCUGUAUUUGCGAUCUUUGAUGGGCAUAAUGGAAAUGCUGCUGCUAUUUUUACUAGGGAGAAUUUGUUAAAUCACGUGUUGAGUGCUCUUCCUCGUGGGCUUGGGCGAGAUGAGUGGUUGCAUGCUUUACCCAGGGCAUUGGUUGCGGGUUUCGUUAAGACCGACAAGGAGUUUCAGAGCCGAGGAGAAACUUCUGGAACCACAGCCACGUUUGUAAUAGUGGAUAGGUGGACUGUUACUGUUGCAUCUGUUGGAGAUUCCCGUUGUGUACUAGAUGCCCAGGGUGGUGCUAUUUCCUCCUUAACUGUUGAUCACAGACUUGAAGAGAAUAUUGAAGAGAGGGAACGUGUAACUGCUAGUGGAGGUGAAGUUGGGAGACUUAGCAUAGUUGGUGGUGCAGAGAUUGGUCCCCUUCGAUGCUGGCCAGGGGGUCUAUGCCUUUCUAGGUCAAUUGGAGACAUGGAUGUUGGAGAGUUCAUUGUUCCCAUACCAUAUGUCAAACAAGUGAAGCUAUCAAAGGCUGGUGGGAGGCUUAUAAUUGCCUCUGAUGGCAUAUGGGAUGCUCUAUCAUCAGAAAUGGCUGCAAAAUCUUGUCGAGGUUUGCCUGCGGAACUUGCAGCUAUGCAGGUUGUCAAGGAAGCACUACGAACGAGAGGAUUAAAGGAUGAUACAACUUGCAUAGUAGUUGACAUAAUCCCACCUGAUAAUGAAUUGCCACCAACACCUCCCCCCCAAAAGCGGAACAAGCUGAGAGAUCUUCUUUCCUUCAGGAAGAGAUCCCGUGAUUCUGCAAGUAAGCUAUCAAAAAAGCUUUCAGCUAUAAAUAUAGUGGAGGAACUGUUUGAAGAAGGAUCGGCAAUGCUUGCUGAAAGAUUAGGAAAUGAUGACAACUUGAACACGGGGCAAUCAACAUCUGGUAUUUUUGUUUGUGCUGUUUGUCAAGUUGAUCUUGCUCCAAGUGAGGGCAUUUCUGUGCACGCGGGUUCAAUUUUCUCCACCAGCUCCAAACCCUGGCAAGGUCCCUUUCUUUGUUCUGAUUGCCGUGAUAAGAAGGAUGCAAUGGAAGGAAAACGUCCAAGUGGAGUUAAGGUCUCAUAGGCUCAAAAUUGGGGUCUUAUUCUAGAAUUCUUUAUGCUACCUUUCACAUUUUUUGUAUUAACGAUUUUUAUAGCAAAUUAAUUGAUUGAAUCUCACUUGAAGUAGCGACAGAUGUAUAUGUAAUAUCCGCAAAUUCAUCUAAAAUGGGUAUUGCGUUUGAGUAGUAAA